CCGGGACCGCCCGGCGCUCCGCAGGGCGCGUCCUCCACGCAGCGGGGCCGGCCCCGGCCAUCGCCCGCCCGCCGUCGGGGCUGACGGGGGGGAAGAUGAACCCCGCGGCCCCGCCGCCGGGGCAGCAGGUGAUCCACGUCACGCAGGACCUGGACACGGAGCUCGAGGCGCUCUUCAACGCGGUCAUGAACCCCAGGCCUAGCUCCUGGCGGAAGAAAAUCCUGCCCGAGUCCUUCUUCAAGGAGCCCGACUCGGGCUCGCACUCGCGGCAGUCCAGCACGGACUCGGGCGGCCCCCCGCCGCGGCCCGCCGCCGCGCAGCACGUCCGCUCGCACUCCUCGCCCGCUUCGCUCGUGGGCUCGGCCGCCGUGCCGCAGCACGGGCACCUCCGGCAGCGCUCCUACGACGUGACUGACGAGCUGCCGCUGCCGCCCGGCUGGGAGAUGGCGCUCACGCACACGGGACAGCGCUACUUCCUCAAUCACAUAGAAAAAAUUACAACAUGGCAAGAUCCUCGAAAAACUAUGAACCAACCACUGAAUCACCUGAGCCACCAUCCUGCAGCUACUUCCACGCCAGUACCACAGAGGUCUAUGGCAAUGUCUCAGCCAAAUCUCGUUAUGAAUCACCAGCACCAAAUAACAGGCAGCACAUCCAUCUCACAGCAAAGCUGCCCUUCCCAGACUCCACAGCCAGGGCUGCUGAACAUGCCCAGUGCACUGACCACACAGCAGCAGCAGCAGCAGAAGUUGAGGCUCCAGAGAAUCCAAAUGGAGAGGGAACGAAUUAGGAUGCGCCAGGAGGAGUUACUGCGACAGGAAGCUGCAUUGUGCAGGCAGCUUCCCAUGGACUCUGAAAACAUGACCCCAGUUCAGACAGCCGUGAGCACAGCUGCCAUGACCCAAGAUAUGAGAUCUAUUACAAACAAUGGAUCCGAUCCUUUCUUGAACAGUGGGCCGUACCAUUCCAGGGAACAGAGUACGGACAGUGGCUUGGGAUUGGGAUGCUACAGUAUACCAACGACACCUGAAGAUUUCCUCAGCAAUGUAGAUGAGAUGGAUACAGGAGAAACUGUAGCACAGACAACAAUGAACAUAAAUGCUCAGCAAACGCGUUUCCCUGAUUUCCUCGACUGUCUUCCAGGAACAAACGUUGAUCUUGGGACUUUGGAGUCAGAAGACUUGAUCCCUAUUCUCAACGAUGUGGAGUCAGUACUGAGCAAAAAUGAGCCCUUCCUUACGUGGCUGUAAUCAUCCAUUAUCUAAUGCUGAUUCAGCUUGAAAUGCAAUUCAGCGUUUCUUUUCCCUCUUUAGAUAGAGGUAGAAUAUCUGAAAAUCCUGAGAGAUCACUGCCUUAAUGACCUUUGUUACAUCAUCUUUAUGGUUGGUUUAAUCUCUGCCUGAAUUUGACUGACACUAACUUAAAUAUAAAAUACAUAUAGAGAUAUACAUAUAUAAAUAUAUAUUUCUUCCUCUUUUAGAAAAUAUACACUACGCAUUUUCCUCUUCAGAUCAGGCAGAAAUGUUUCACUUUAAGGACUGAAUGGCGUUUGUGCAUGGCUGUGAGGAUCUUCUAGCUAUUGAUUAACAUCACAAACCCUCAGUGAAUCACAAAGGCUAACUGCUAGGUCACUUGGUUCACAGAACCUGCACAGCCUCAGACCAUGCAAGCAGUUUUAUUACUGCGUUUACGACAAUAGCAUCAGAGGCUUUUUUAUCGACUUACUUAAGCUUUAAAAUUCUUUUUUUACUAUUAUUAUUAGGAAAACUGUACUGUAUGGAAUAUAGAUUAAAUCUGAUCCAUAUCAGACACGAUCAUUUUCAUAUAUUUGUAAAGGCACAAGAAGUACUAUUGCCAUUUCUUUUUUCCUUUUUUUUUUUUCAGUAUAUUACUGUAUAGUUUUCAGAUAAUAAAUAUGCUUACAUAUUGAAAGUACCAGUAUUGUUCAGCAACAGUUUCACACUGCUACAGUGUUGUAAAACAAACCAACUGGUACUAACUGCUGCCUUUUUAAAAUAAAACAACGUAUUACAAACCAGCAUUUUUUUUAGCAGAUCUUAGAUUUUGAUAGUUAUUAUAUUAAGCAUUACGAUUUUGUAAUUUAAGACACGAACAAACAAUUUUUCCUACCUAAUAAUAUGUGGCAAUUAAAUGCAAAAAAUGUGCUGUUGAGGUCAGGACAUAAAAAUGUGUCACAACUUGGUAACGUCGUACGUAGUGUGAAAAAAGUGAUUGCAGUACUGUUUUUAGUCAUGUUUUUAACUGACAACGUCAAACUGUACAUGUAGUUCUAUACAUGAAAAAAAGCUGUUACCUUUAUCAGGGCAAAGCUAAGCAGUGUUGUUCCUGGUCUGGUAAAAUUCUUAAGUCUUUCACUUACUGUAAUCAGUGUACAGAACACGCAGCAUAACGUUCUGUGCACUUCUGCAUAUUGUAUUCCCUACAAGUGCUUCUUUUUCAGAGGUUUGGGACUGAAUAGGCAUCAAGGAUAUUAAGCAUACACUUCCCCUGAAAUGCAAAUGAAGUCCUAAAAUUCUUAACUAUUUUGAAAUGAUAUUAUUUAUGAUUUAUGAAUUUAAGCCUUUAAUAUUGAAAAAUACGUAUUUUCUAUGAAAGGCACUAAAACUUUUCUCUGAGCUUGAUCCAGGCUACGUAGAGAGAGGAAGAGGUUUGGCACUCAGCGUAAGUGGGUGUUGCUGAAUUUAAUGAUACUUAGUAAGAUCUUAUCAGUGCGCUGUACUAUUGAUCACUAAAGACUUUUCCCAUCUGGUUGCGUGAACGUAGGUGUAAAGGUCAGAGAUUAAGUUACGGGAACAUGAGGAGGUUUGGGAGUCAAAUGAUGAUGUGACAAAAUUUGAUCCUGAGUGGGAAGGGUCACUGCAGGCUGGGAUAUACAGAAGGUGAGUCACUAGUGUUCUGCAGAAGGCGUGGUGGAGGAACUUGAUGCAAUAAACUGCCCUGUGAAUGACACACAGCUGGUGUGCAGUAUGCAAAAGAUGGAAACUGAAAUGCACACACCAAAAUUUGGAAUUGGAGGGGGAAGGCAAAGGCCUGCAGGCAUGAAACUGUAUUACAGAGGGAAAAGCAGCUCCUUUUGUAUUUUCUCUUUUUAAUAUAAAAUGAGAUGUGACAGCAGAAUUGUGUCUGCACAGAGUAUGAUUACUGAAUUGUCACUAUGUUUCUUUUAUUUUUUGGGGCAGGGGGGAGGGAUAUUUUCUGUUUAUUUGUUUCUUUUUGGUUUUGUUUUGUUUUUAAUGUUAGCUAGCAGUAUCCAGGUAAGAGAAAUUUCUUUCCAACAAACAAGGGACCGGGCAGGGCUGACCAGUGUUACUGUAAUGAUGAUUAACCUCUCUGUUUUAAGGAUCUCUUCAGGGUGUCAGCCUCGAUGAAAAACGGAUGGUCCUCAGGCUUCGUUCUUUAGUGGCACACCUGACUAUGGUAAAGGAAGUGGGGAGUUUUGGCACCUGGCUGCAGUGCUGACUUGUCGGCCACUCCCCAGGGCUGUGUUACUGCCUGGCACGCUGAAGGCCAUCAGCGCUAGGAUAAUUCCCAGUGGCUGCAGAGCCGUGUUCUCGCGGGAUUCCAUUGGUGUGGCACGUUGUUAGGUCACGUUUAGAAAAUACGGUUUGUCCAUUUGCCAGUACCGUGGUAAAUUUGGGUCACAGUGCAUCAUAUUCCAAGCAGGCUGGGUGUUCAGCUGGUGCGAACCGGGCAGCCGGUGCUGUGUGGCUGCACUGGUUUUCAUCAGCUGGAGGCGAUAGCUCUUGCACUGAGAACUGAUACCGUUUUCUGGUGCAGUUUGAUGUUAAUCAGAAUUAGAGCUGAAGGCCAGAUUGCUCUGUCUGCGGUGUUCCGGGUGGUUGUGCGGUAAGGUUCAAAGGAGUUCAAAAGGUAAAAAAUCUGAAACUGUGUUUCCCUGUUACUUCCUAUUGAUAAAACAGCAGCACAGCUGGAACAAGAAGGCGCUAUUACCUGAAACAAUGCUGUCAGCGUAAAGCAGCGAGCAGAGUCUUAGGUCAGAUCUUUACUCAGUCAUGAACCAAAUCAUAGUUAAGGCAGAAGUGAUUAUUGACACUGUGAGCUGUGCUUCCUAGGGGUGGGGGGGAUGUGGAAGAUGAAGAACGGCAACAGCAAACUCUGUUUGUAAGUUCUUUCUUAAAAAAGGCUUCUGGCUUUGGACAGGCUUACGGUAGCACUUUCAAGGAUUCAAGAAUAUGUCAUUCUUCUGAGACUUACGUUUUUGGUGACAAUAUUUCACAAAAGUUACCGUGCAGAAGCUGGCCGUCCCUGCCAGGCACCAGGAGUGGUGCUGGUGCAGAGUGACGGGGCGCUGAGCUCCCAGCGUGUCACGGUGUGUGCAAUGGGAUGUCAUCGGGGAGGGGCUGGGUUUGCCUGCUGGAAAAUGAACGUUUUGGGGAGGAAAGAGAGGAUUGAAGUGUCUGUUUGAAGCAGAAAAAUAGGGAUGGUUCGAGUGAACUUGGUUUCUAAUGUACGGCAUCCAUGUACGUGCUAAUACUUUAACUUUUUUAUUUACUUUUUCAUUUUGUUCAAUGAUGUGUGAGCAUUUGUUUCCCAUGUAGAGUACCUUGCACCAGGCCGUAUGUAUCGGGAGCACACAGAUCGACCUGUUGUAUCAAGGGUUUGGUUCUGUGCUUUUUAAAGUUUUUUUUCUUUGAUCUUGUACAUGAAAAAAAAAAAUAGAUAAAUGAAUUCAAACGUUU